UUUACUUUUUCUGUCCAAAUAUUGCAGCACCAGAAAGAAUCGUUGGCGUGCAGGCGUGUAAAAAUAGAUAAUAAUAAUUAAAUAACAGUAACAAAUACAGCAUGGACAUAUUAAUACAGCCUGAAAAGCAUGUUUCAUUGCAGGACGACAUCAAUGAGUACAAACUAAAAGAUGCGCACAGUUCACUGGAUGAACUGGACAUUGAUGAUCUUUAUGUGCGCUAUAAGAAACUGCAAAAGACUUUGGAGUUCAUCGAGGUACAAGAGGAGUAUAUCAAGGAUGAGCAGCGCAACCUGAAAAAGGAAUAUUUGCAUGCUCAGGAGGAAGUUAAGCGCAUUCAAUCUGUGCCUCUAGUAAUUGGACAAUUCCUCGAAGCUGUCGACCAGAACACUGGAAUUGUGGGCUCAACGACAGGCUCGAACUACUAUGUGCGCAUUCUAUCUACCAUCGAUCGUGAAUUGUUGAAGCCAUCAGCCUCCGUGGCACUACACAAGCACAGCAAUGCUUUGGUCGAUGUCCUGCCACCCGAGGCCGACAGUUCAAUAUCAAUGUUGCAGCCAGAUGAAAAACCAGAUGUUUGUUAUGCAGACAUUGGUGGCAUGGACAUGCAAAAGCAAGAAAUACGAGAAGCUGUGGAGCUGCCGCUAACCCACUUUGAGCUGUACAAACAGAUAGGCAUUGAUCCACCACGCGGAGUACUCAUGUAUGGCCCACCAGGCUGUGGCAAGACCAUGUUGGCCAAGGCAGUCGCCCAUCACACAACUGCCUCCUUUAUACGUGUAGUGGGCUCGGAGUUUGUGCAAAAGUACCUAGGUGAAGGUCCACGCAUGGUGCGCGACGUCUUCCGUCUGGCCAAAGAGAAUGCACCGGCCAUUAUUUUCAUAGAUGAGAUCGACGCCAUUGCCACAAAACGUUUCGAUGCCCAAACUGGAGCAGAUCGUGAGGUACAGCGUAUUCUGCUGGAACUCCUAAAUCAAAUGGAUGGCUUCGACCAGACCACCAAUGUCAAGGUCAUAAUGGCGACGAAUCGCGCCGACACGCUUGAUCCCGCCCUCCUGCGUCCCGGUCGUUUGGAUCGUAAAAUUGAAUUCCCACUCCCUGAUCGCCGCCAGAAACGUCUGGUCUUCUCUACCAUCACCUCGAAGAUGAACCUCAGUGAGGAUGUCGACCUAGAAGAGUUCGUGGCCCGUCCUGAUAAAAUUUCUGGUGCUGAUAUCAAUGCUAUCUGUCAGGAGGCUGGCAUGCAUGCUGUACGUGAAAAUCGUUACAUUGUGCUUGCCAAGGACUUCGAGAAGGGCUACAAGAACAACAUCAAGAAAGACGAACAAGAGCACGAGUUUUAUAAAUAAGUUUUUUUUUUUCGUAAUAACCUCGUUUGUACGCAAGUUGUAUUCCCAUUAAUUCAAAUAAAAGUAAUUAAAUGGAUCAUUAUCGAAUCGAUCAUCCAGCAACGACA